GAAGCGAACCAGACAGCUGAUGACAUUCUGGUGGAAUCCCUCGAACCUGACUUCGGAGAUAUAUUGUUCCGCGGUGGGUUCAAGUACAGCAGCACAGACAUGAAAAUCGGCGUCGACGUGGACGCCCUGGUAACCUUCUCUGGAACGCUGAAACGCUUGAUGCAGGUAGACCCGAGAGGAGGGUACUUCCUUCAGUCCGACGUGGAGCUCGCCAUCAAGAGGUGCGCCAUUAAGGAGGCCCACUCCACGAUGUGGGAUGGGUGGUGCAAACUCAACGAGUACACCCAUGAGGAGGGGUACAAUAAUAGCGCAUACGUGGUCAGGGUCAUGCUGUCCCACGUUCGCAACAAGGCCGACGACUUCAACAAGCUGGGGGCGAGCGGGCAGGCGAAGGCUCGCGAGUCGUCUCACCCACAGGAGCUACGUGACAUUUACAACGUCAUCGACGUUGACAAGGGGGCGGCUUCAGUGAGAAAGACUCGCCCGCGCCCGCUGCCAGCUUUCAGGGCAGCGCAGGACGCCUCGAGCGAGGAGGAAGUCGUCCCUGUUUUGAAACGGUUCGACGUCAGCACUGGGGAGUCCUACUUGGUAAUGUCAGACGGGUCCCGCGAGAUGGCCAAGUUCAAGUGCGGAGAGCAGGGGCGACUGGUCGCCACGUGGCCUGAGUACAACAUGGAGUUGCAACUUGAACUACCAAAUUCUGCUCUGAAAGAUGAUGGGGCGAUCGACUACACGCCAGCAGACCCGCGCAAGCCGCCCACGGCCGGCCACAAGACCAAAAAAGGAAAGCCCGCGAGUGCUCGGAAGAGGCCAGCUGGCGCAGUGGAAAACAGAGAACCGCCCACCGCUCCAAAGGCGAAGGCAAAGACAACUCCAAAGGCGAAGGCAAAGACAACUCCAACGCCGACGGCAGCUGCGACACCAUCACGCAUUCAAGAGAAGAUCAGGCAGAACAUCGACCGCAUCUCCGAGGAGGCCAGGAGUGGAUUGCAAGGGUUCGCUGGCAGAGACAGCAACGAACUUGCGACGUGCUACGCUGUCGCGGUUGAUGGCGGCACCAUCUUUCUUCGUGAUCUCCACCGUUCUCCUUGCUUCUACGUGGACCGCGUGACCGAGAUCCCCGAGAAUUUCCCUGGGCUCGGUGACGACGCCGUCGUCGCCAUGUUCGAAGGCAAGAAGUUGAACAAGAAAGGCGGGGUGCAGUUUGGUUUCGGCGACGACGCGGACUUGGCCUUCAAGGCGGCGAAACUUCUGAG